GCUGCGGCGACCCCUCCGCCGCCCCGUAGAAAUCUCCGCGGCCCCGAGGCCGCUUGCUUCCUGUUUGUCCGACGAGGAGACAUGGCGGCGGCGCCGGUAGCGGCUGGGUCUGGAGCCGGCCGAGGGAGACGGUCGGCAGCCACAGUGGCGGCUUGGGGCGGAUGGGGCGGCCGGCCGCGGCCUGGUAAUAUUCUGCUGCAGCUGCGGCAGGGCCAGCUGACCGGCCGGGGCCUGGUCCGGGCGGUGCAGUUCACUGAGACUUUUUUGACGGAGAGGGACAAACAAUCCAAGUGGAGUGGAAUUCCUCAGCUGCUCCUCAAGCUGCACACCACCAGCCACCUCCACAGUGACUUUGUUGAGUGCCAAAACAUCCUCAAGGAAAUUUCUCCUCUUCUCUCCAUGGAGGCUAUGGCAUUUGUUACUGAAGAGAGGAAACUUACCCAAGAAACCACUUAUCCAAAUACUUAUAUUUUUGACUUGUUUGGAGGUGUUGAUCUUCUUGUAGAAAUUCUUAUGAGGCCUACGAUCUCUAUCCGGGGACAGAAACUGAAAAUAAGUGAUGAAAUGUCCAAGGACUGCUUGAGUAUCCUGUAUAAUACCUGUGUCUGUACAGAGGGAGUUACAAAGCGUUUGGCAGAAAAGAAUGACUUUGUGAUCUUCCUGUUUACAUUGAUGACAAGUAAGAAGACAUUCUUACAAACAGCAACCCUCAUUGAAGAUAUUUUGGGUGUUAAAAAGGAAAUGAUCCGACUAGAUGAAGUCCCCAAUCUGAGUUCCUUAGUAUCCAAUUUCGAUCAGCAGCAGCUCGCUAAUUUCUGCCGGAUUCUGGCUGUCACCAUUUCAGAGAUGGAUACAGGGAAUGAUGACAAGCACACGCUUCUUGCCAAAAAUGCUCAACAGAAGAAGAGCUUGAGUUUGGGGCCUUCUGCAGCUGAAAUCAAUCAAGCGGCCCUUCUCAGCAUUCCUGGCUUUGUUGAGCGGCUUUGCAAACUGGCGACUCGAAAGGUGUCAGAGUCAACGGGCACAGCCAGCUUCCUUCAGGAGUUGGAAGAGUGGUACACAUGGCUAGACAAUGCUUUGGUGCUAGAUGCCCUGAUGCGAGUGGCCAAUGAGGAGUCAGAGCACAAUCAAGCCUCCAUUGUGUUCCCUCCUCCAGGGGCUUCUGAGGAGAAUGGCCUGCCUCACACGUCAGCCAGAACCCAGCUGCCCCAGUCAAUGAAGAUUAUGCAUGAGAUCAUGUACAAACUGGAAGUGCUCUAUGUCCUCUGCGUGCUGCUGAUGGGGCGUCAGCGAAACCAGGUUCACAGAAUGAUUGCAGAGUUCAAGCUGAUCCCUGGACUUAAUAAUUUGUUUGACAAACUGAUUUGGAGGAAGCAUUCAGCAUCUGCCCUUGUCCUCCAUGGUCACAACCAGAACUGUGACUGUAGCCCGGACAUCACCUUGAAGAUACAGUUUUUGAGGCUUCUUCAGAGCUUCAGUGACCACCACGAGAACAAGUACUUGUUACUCAACAACCAGGAGCUGAAUGAACUCAGUGCCAUCUCUCUCAAGGCCAACAUCCCUGAGGUGGAAGCUGUCCUCAACACCGACAGGAGUUUGGUGUGUGAUGGGAAGAGGGGCUUAUUAACUCGUCUGCUGCAGGUCAUGAAGAAGGAGCCAGCAGAGUCGUCUUUCAGGUUUUGGCAAGCUCGGGCUGUGGAGAGUUUCCUCCGAGGGACCACCUCCUAUGCAGACCAGAUGUUCCUGCUGAAGCGAGGCCUCUUGGAGCACAUCCUUUACUGCAUUGUGGACAGCGAGUGUAAGUCAAGGGAUGUGCUCCAGAGUUACUUUGACCUCCUGGGGGAGCUGAUGAAGUUCAACGUUGAUGCAUUCAAGAGAUUCAAUAAAUAUAUCAACACCGAUGCAAAGUUCCAGGUGUUCCUCAAGCAGAUCAACAGCUCCCUGGUGGACUCCAACAUGCUGGUGCGCUGUGUCACUCUGUCCCUGGACCGAUUUGAAAACCAGGUGGAUAUGAAAGUUGCCGAGGUCCUGUCUGAAUGCCGCCUGCUCGCCUACAUAUCCCAGGUGCCCACGCAGAUGUCCUUCCUCUUCCGCCUCAUCAACAUCAUCCACGUGCAGACGCUGACCCAGGAGAACGUCAGCUGCCUCAACACCAGCCUGGUGAUCCUGAUGCUGGCCCGACGGAAAGAGCGGCUGCCCCUGUACCUGCGGCUGCUGCAGCGGAUGGAGCACAGCAAGAAGUACCCCGGCUUCCUGCUCAACAACUUCCACAACCUGCUGCGCUUCUGGCAGCAGCACUACCUGCACAAGGACAAGGACAGCACCUGCCUAGAGAACGUGAGUGCCCCACCCCUCAAGGGGGUGAUGGGUGGGCUGCGGACCCAGGGCCUCUCAGAGGGGUGUCCCGGUGCUGGGCUUGACCUGGGUCCUCCAGGCGCCCCCCAGCCCCUCCCUCUUUGCCCAGAGCUCCUGCAUCAGCUUCUCAUACUGGAAGGAGACAGUGUCCAUCCUGUUGGACCCGGACCGGCAGUCACCCUCUGCUCUCGUUAGCUACAUUGAGGAGCCCUACAUGGACAUAGACAGGGACUUCACUGAGGAGUGACCUUGGGCCAGGCUUCGGGAGGCUGCUGGGCCAGUGUGGGUGAGCGUGGGUACGAUGCCACACGCCCUGCCCUGUUCCCGUUCCUCCCUGCUGCUCUCUGCCUGCCCCAGGUCUUUGGGUACAGGCUUGGUGAGAGGGAAGUCCUAGAAGCCCUUGGUCCCUCUGGGUCUGAGGGCCCUAGGUCAUGGAGAGCCUCAGUCCCCAUAAUGAGGACAGGGUACCAUGCCCACCUUUCCUUCAGAACCCUGGGGCCCAGGGCCACCCAGAGGUAAGAGGACAUUUAACAUUAGCUCUGUGUGAGCUCCUGCUGGUUUCUUGGCUGUCAGUCCCAGAGUGGGGAGGAAGAUAUGGGUGACCCCCCCCAUCUGUGAGCCAAGCCUCCCUUGUCCCUGGCCUUUGGACCCAGGCAAAGGCUUCUGAGCCCUGGGCAGGGGUGGUGGGUACCAGAGAAUGCUGCCUUCCCCCAAGCCUGCCCCUCUGCCUCAUUUUCCUGUAGCUCCUCUGGUUCUGUUUGCUCAUUGGCCACUGUGUUCAUCCAAGGGGGUUCUCCCAGAAGUGAGGGGCCUUUCCCUCCAUCCCUUGGGGCAUGGGGCAGCUAUGCCUGCCCUGCCUCUGCCUGGGGCAGCCGCUCCUGCCUGAGCCUGGACACGGGGCCCUUCCUUGUGUUGCCAAUUUAUUAACAGCAAAUAAACCAAUUAAAUGGAGACUAUUAAAUAAAUUUAUUUUAAAAAUGA